GGGUUUCUCGCGCGCGGGCAGCAGGCGUUGGCGGCUGCCGGUUGGUCGCCCCGUGAGGGGGAGUUGGCGGGUGGUGUGUGAGUGGAGGUAGAUGCCAGUAUGGGCCUUAAAACCAUCUGGAAGGACUACAAAGUUUUGAUUGUUAUGGGAACUAGCCUUGGGCUGAUACACUGGGGGUGGUUUAACAUCAAGUCCAAUUCUAUGUUCCAAACAAAAAGAGAGGAUUAUGUACCAGAACCUGGCAUUGUGACAUAUGUGAUGCAACAUGAAAGUCAAAAAAAAGGAAAAUAA